AUGGUCGGAGCAGGCGCAGUAGGCGGUGAUUUGAAACAAGCGCAGUCCUUCCGGUUAGGGCUUAUACAGUUGAGUCAAAACGAUUUGAAGAUCGGGAUCUACAAAUUGCUUGGACGUUGGCAACAUGCCGUCGAUACCGAUGGAGGAUACGGUAUGGACUUAGCCUCACGAGUAGUCUCAGCCGUCACUAGAGUCGCUGAGGCAACAGAACGGACGAAACCGUCGAAAGUGGGCAUGGUUGUGGAUGUUGCCGAUGCGAAAUUCAUAGGCGGGCUAAUUCCAUCACUGGUGGAGAAACUCCCUUAUCCAUAUUCUCGGCCCGAAUUUCUGUAUUUUUCCGAAGAUGAAAUCACACUUUCGGCUGAUCAAUGUAUUCGGCCGGUACUGUGCCCUAAAUAUCCGUCUAGAAUGCCGCUGUAUGCAGGAUAUGCGGAAGUGGUGAAUGCAGGAAAAACUCUUCAAAACGAAGACCAAGCGUCCGCUAGGAUAAUGACUUUAGUUCAACAAGGAUAUGAAGCUGAGGAAGCCAAAGAGCUGGAACAUUGCCAAAAUCACAAUUCAUCUGGAAAGAAUUCCUCGAAGGAUGACGAUGAUUUGAUGUCUCCGAGUGGCGGUAGUACUCCCGGUUCUGUAGCCUCUGCAAGAGCAGAAGCAGCAUUUUUUGCAAUAUUUGAUGGACACGCUGGCCCUGGUGCAGCACUAGUGGCUAGUAAAUGCCUGCAUGAACAUGUUAAAACUCGACUAGGUGACGUAUUGGAAUCCAUUAUACAUCUUGACAGGAAUGAGACUUUACUAUCGGGACGAGGACACUCGGAUUCCUCUUACAGCAUUAGUAAGAUUGAUUCUGUGCCAGUUCGAUGCGAUGAAUUGGUUAUCGGUGCUUUAGAGGCGGCGUUUGUAGAUAUGGAUUCGCAAAUCGCUGAGGAUAAACAGACAUGGCGAAUUUCCGGUGGGUGUGCAGCUAUCGCCGUUCUCGUAUUUCUCGGCAAAUUAUUCGUUGCAAAUGCGGGUGACUGUCGUGCUGUGUUGGUGACAGACGAAGGAUCAAAAGCGCUUAGUUCUGAUUUCACUCCCGCCACGGAACGAAAGCGACUACAAACACUUGCAUAUCAGAAUCCAGAAUUGAUUGGAAACUGUUUUUCUCGACUUGAGUACUCUCGAGCACUCACAAAGAAGGACCUAAAAACUAGAGUUUUAUUCAGGGACUGGUUCAUGGAUGGCUGGGCUUCGAAAACUGUGAAGGAUUGCGAUCUUAAACCACCGUUAAUAAGCGAAUCUUCAAGAAAGAGACGUCUUCUCAACACUAUUGGAGUCUCUCGUGGAUUUGGAGACCAUCAUCUAUACACCGUUGAUGAUCAUCUACCGAUCAAACCUUUCCUCUCCUCCGUUCCAGAGGUUCGUGUGUUCGACUUGCGCAGCUUGGAUGCCUUGACAGAUAAAGACGUACUUAUUAUUGGCUCAGAUGGAUUGUGGGAUGUGUUGAGCAAUGAGGAAGCCGGCAUGAUCGUACGCUCUUUACUUUCUGCCACGGAACAGACCGAACACUCUCGGUACAGUAUGGCAGCUCAGGAGUUGGCAAGCGCUGCAAGGGGUUACCCGAGCGGCAGCAACGGACAUCGAUGGACGAUGAACAGUGGAGGCAGCGCGUCCACCGACGACAUAACUGUGUUUGUGAUUCCUUUGAAGUACUGUGUGGCUCCGCUUCCAGAAGAUGAUGACGACGAUGAGAUGAUAAGCCUAUGUGCAGAAGAAUAG